CCCGUCGACGCGGUGAGGGGAUUUGUUUCCGAAAGGUGGGCAGCUACCGUUAACGCCGACGAAGAGUGAAGGCUCCUGCAGACCGGCAGACACUCCGAGCCAUGGUGAAGAUCAGCUUCCAGUCCGUGGCGGGACAGAAAGUGGAGAAGGACAGUGAUGGCGACAAGACCGAAAUCCUCAUUCCCCAUCCGAUGGAUGAGGAGGAGCUGGUCCUGCCACUGCGGCCCAAAAAGUCGCCCCUCAAUGGCCUGUGCUGCCUGACAUUUGGCCUGGUUGUGUUCAUGGCCGGUCUGGUCCUGGCCUCCAUCUACGUCUACCGCUACUACUUCAUACCUCAUAUCCCAGAGGAGAACCUGUUCCACUGCAGGGUGCUCUAUGAAGACUCUGUGUACGCUCCGCUGCGUGGGCGUCAGGAGCUGGAGGAAAAUGUCGGCAUCUACUUGGCCGACAACUAUGAGAAGAUCACUGUGCCCGUGCCGCACUUCGGAGGCAGCGACCCCGCUGAUAUAAUUCAUGACUUCCACAGAGGACUGACUGCAUACCAUGAUAUUGCCCUGGACAAGUGCUACGUUAUUGAGCUCAACACCACCAUCGUGAUGCCUCCACGCAACCUUUGGGAGCUUCUAAUCAACGUGAAGAAGGGAACAUACUUGCCUCAGACCUACAUCAUCCAUGAAGAGAUGGUGGUGACUGGCAAGGUGCACAACAUGCGUCAGCUGGGACCCUUCAUCUACCGCCUGUGUAAUGGAAAGGACACGUACCGUCUGAACCGCCGUGUCACCCACAGACGCAUCAACAAGCGCGAGACGAAGGACUGCCACCACAUCCGUCACUUUGAGAACACAUUCGUGGUGGAGACGGUUAUCUGCGAUGAAGCGUAAACGCGACGGCCCUCCGUGUCAUCCAGCCCGCCCAAAUGCACAUCUCCAGUCCCCACCCCAGCCACUGUAGCAUCCUCCUGUGGAUCUGAUCAUGUCUGAGUUGCACUUUACUUGUGAAUUUGGUUGAAGUCCUUUGUAAAAGGCGUUUAGUUUGUUUGUU